CUUUCACUAACCAGUCUCUAUUAUGCUGAACCCAAAGACCACCCACCGCGAGUUUUUUGGCGUCCCCGGCUCGCUGGCCGUGAUGACUGGCACCACCGCCGUCCUGUACGUCUGGUACUUCUCCUGCAACGAGCACAACGGCUGCCAGCUGCCCAUGUCUGCCAGCCAGUGGUCCCACAUUCUCGCCAGCGCGGCCAACUACCGCGCAUACCUGAGCCUGGAAGCCCUGACGUACUACACUAUGUGGUGGCUGUGGCUUGCCUUACUGUACUUCAUCAUGCCUGGAAUCACCCUGAAGGGCAUCAAGCUGCGCGACGGCACGCAGCUGGCCUACCCGAUGAACGGCCUGCGCAGCUUCUUCUUCACUGCGGCCGUCUGGGCCUUUGUCUACAAGAAGAUCGGAACCGCGCCGUUCCUGUGGAUCGCCGACCACUACUUCCAGCUGGUCGCCUCUGCCUGGAUCUUCUCGACCCUGCAGGCCCUGUUCGUCUACCUGUACUCGUUCCGUGCGCCCUCGGUAGAAACCCCAGGAAAAGACAUUGUGAUGCUGGCGCACGCCGGCAACUCGGGCAACCCCAUCUACGACUUUUUCAUUGGGCGCGAGCUCAACCCGCGCAUCGGAUCCUUCGACUUCAAGUUCUUCAACGAGCUGCGCCCUGGGAUCAUGGGCUGGGUGCUGCUCAAUACCAGCUUCGCCAUCAAGCAGCACACUGUCUAUGGCAGCGUCUCCAACUCGAUGUGGCUCGCCAUUGUCCCCCAGAUCGCCUACUGCAUCGACACUCUUGUGUUUGAAGACAAGGUGCUGACCACAAUGGAUAUCACCACCGACGGCUUCGGCUGGAUGCUGUCGUUUGGUGAUCUGACCUGGGUUCCCAGCAUGUAUUCGCUGCAGGCCCGCUACCUGGCCUUCCACCCCGUCCACCACUCCACAUGGUUCACCGUGUUUGUUGCCGUGUUUGGGCUCGCCUCGUUCCUCGUGUUCCGUCUCAGCAACAGCGAGAAGAACGCCUUCCGCACCAACCCGAACGAUCCGGCUCUGAAACACCUCAAGUACAUCACCACGGAGAGCGGCAGCAAGCUGCUGGUCAGCGGAUGGUGGGGCAUGGCCCGCCACAUCAACUAUACCGGUGACUGGAUGUUUGGGCUGGCGCAGUGCAUGGCAACCGGCUUUGACACCCCCAUGACUUACUUCUUCUCGGCCUACUUUUUGGUUCUGCUCCUGCACCGCAACUACCGCGACGAGUGCAAAUGCCGUGACAAGUACAAGAAGGACUGGAUUCGGUACUGCGAGCUUGUGCCCUAUCUGUUUAUCCCGUUUGUCAUCUAGUCACCACAAAUACACAUGGCUAUAGCCAUCCCUCGCUAUAGAUGCUAUAUGAGCAGCUGUAGAUGAGACCAUAAAACCGCACCGUCAGAAUGUUUAUCAGGAUUAGUGGCAACCCCGAUACAUCCUGUGCAUCAGGGGGAGACAUAUCCAAGUAUACCACGCGUUUCAUGGCAUGUCCAAUACCGUUUACAGCUAUAUCCAAGUCUGCAUUCGCGCCAUGAAUCUGGAAUACGCAUACCCAUUGCUUGAAUCUCUGAAUGGGGGUGCGUGCUAUCUAUCCACGCUUUACAUGAAGCCACAGGCUCGUUCCUGUCGUACAGUUAGCAAUGCCAGCCACUACUGCAUAUAAUAAUGGAUAUACAAUA